CGGUGGCUGAGAAGGCAGCGGGGCGGCGGCGGCGGCUGUGGAGGCCGCAGUCCGGGUCCUGGCUUCGGCCUCAGCCCCACCAUGGUGACGCUUGCUGAACUGCUGGUGCUCCUGGCCGCUCUCCUGGCCACCGUCUCGGGCUAUUUCGUUAGCAUCGACACGCAUGCUGAAGAGUGCUUCUUUGAGCGGGUCACCUCGGGCACCAAGAUGGGCCUCAUCUUCGAGGUGGCGGAGGGCGGCUUCCUGGACAUCGACGUGGAGAUUACAGGACCAGAUAACAAAGGAAUUUACAAAGGAGACAGAGAAUCCAGUGGGAAAUACACAUUUGCUGCUCACAUGGACGGAACAUACAAAUUUUGUUUUAGUAACCGGAUGUCCACCAUGACUCCAAAAAUAGUGAUGUUCACCAUCGAUAUUGGGGAGGCUCCAAAAGGACAAGAUAUGGAAACAGAAGCUCACCAGAACAAGCUAGAAGAAAUGAUCAAUGAGCUAGCAGUGGCGAUGACAGCUGUAAAGCACGAACAGGAAUACAUGGAAGUCCGGGAAAGAAUACACAGAGCCAUCAACGACAACACAAACAGCAGAGUGGUCCUUUGGUCCUUCUUUGAAGCUCUUGUUCUAGUUGCCAUGACAUUGGGACAGAUCUACUACCUGAAGAGAUUUUUUGAAGUCCGGAGGGUUGUUUAAAAAGCCUCUUCCUGAUGAUCCCAACUCAGAAUUCACUGUUUACCAAACACCUUGGUCAUAAUAAUGUCAUUAGUUUCUCCAUUUUUAUUUUCUGAACUGUACAUUCAAAAUUUAUGUUUCUUUGUGAUUAAUAGAUAUUGGGGGGAAAAACGCCUUUUUAGGAAAAUUAUAGUGAAAAUCUGACAGUUGAUUGGCAUAAUUUCUUGUUUGAAUGCUGCCUCCAUUAUAUAGGUCCUUCCAGGAACUCAAACACUGUAAGUGAAAUAUGGGAGUAUAGUUUUUAUUAUUUCUUCUUUUCCUUUUGUUUUCAUAAUAUAAUGCAGUUUGUUCAGGAAAUCAGCACAAAGCCUGAUAGUACUUUACUAAAAUGACUGCAUUCUUUGAAUUCCUUCAGUCUAUGGUUCAAGUCACUAAAGAUUCAUUUUUGUUGAGUCCUUAUGAGAAACAGCAGUAUGAAUCUUGAGGGUUUCUGCCCGUCCUAAUGGCAGAGCUCUCUGACUUGGGUGUAUGCUGCCAGGCUGGGUACUUUCAUACUUUGUUUUCUUGUUUUGCUUUAAAACUACGACUCAGCAUACAUUUUCCCGCAUACAUUUUUACAUUGUACCUUAGGACUCAGUCAUCUCCACUUAAAUUGAUGACACAAGCAGCUAAUAACCAUUUUUGGGUUUCUGCCUAACCCCCUAAUUGUCUGUUAAAGCCAAUUCUCUGGGUGUCCCAGUGAGUGGUGGCUUUUUUUCUUU